AUGGGACAAGGGGACAGUAGCCCAGUAGCUUUUGAUGCCAUCGACGAAGGUGACCCGUUGAAUUCAGAAGAGAAGAAGAAGAGAAAACAGAGAAGGAACCGGACCACCUUCAACAGCAGCCAGCUGCAGGCACUGGAGAGAGUCUUUGAGCGGACACACUACCCGGAUGCCUUUGUACGAGAAGACCUCGCACGCAGGGUCAACCUCACUGAAGCCAGGGUUCAGGUGUGGUUUCAGAACAGGAGGGCCAAGUUUCGCAGGAACGAGAGAGCCAUGCUGGCCAACAAGAACGCAUCCCUCCUCAAGUCCUACUCAGGAGAUGUGACUGCAGUGGAGCAGCCGAUUGUACCGAGACCAGCUCCAAGACCCACUGACUAUCUCUCCUGGGGGACUGCUUCUCCAUACAGCAGUGCCAUGGCCUCCUAUUCAGCCUCCUGCACCAAUGCCAGCCCUGCCCAGGGCAUGAAUAUGGCCAACAGCAUUGCCAACCUGAGACUGAAGGCAAAGGAAUACAGUUUACAAAGGAACCAGGUGCCAACAGUGAAUUAGAGACAGCCACCAGAACAGCUUCCUGCAAGGAAGGGAAGUGACUCCCAAGGGGCAGCCAUCUUGUUGUCACAGUGUAUUCAAAUCCAGAACACGGGUCAGAACCAACCAACCAACCAACCAACCACCACCACAAUCACAAACUCAGCCUUGGAAAUAAAAGCAGGAUCCAAAAUGAAGAGAAAAUGGCUACCAGCAUAAUGCUUCCAUUCCCCACACAGUGUGACAAUACAGAGCCACCAAACCAGCCAUCUUCAGUGAAGGAAACCAAGGCUCUUGCUCACCCUAGAACUGACUGCAAAUCAAACCACACCAAUUCUGCACUUGAACUUCUCUGUCUCCCCCACCUGCAACUUCUAAAAGGGAUUCCCAAAGCCUGCCUUCAUCCUCCAAAUCAUGAAUGGAUCAAAGUCAGCAUCCAACUUUUUAUAUUCUUUGAUACCUAGAUGGUUAUUUUCUUGUUACCUAUUUGAAUCUAGUCUUGGUUUUAAAAGGCUUUGGACAGACAUGACACAAAACCAGAGUUUAAUGCUAACUGUGGUUAAUUUGUGAAGCCAGGAUUUAGCUUGCAGAAGUCCAUUCAAACCUUGCUUUGUUGUGACAGGUGCUGGUUUCGUUGCAUUUCUCCUUCCCCCAGUGGUCCCCUACAGACCUGUCUGGGAUCUUGGCUUGUGUUGUGGCAAGUGUGUUCCUAGGGACCAAAUGAGGAUGUCUAGUAUGUCCUGUGAUACCAUCGUUUAACUGUUAUUAAUAAACCCACUUCAGACCGUGGAUUCAGAUCCUGGUUUGACGCACUGUAGCUAGCUAUAGUGGAACGACUCACAUUUGACUGAUCACACUAAUCAUAGUUAGUUUAACUGAACCACUGAUCUGCAGUGUGGUGUGCCAAACACACCAAUGUGUUUCCAGGCAUCCACUUUGUGCUUCCCUGAAGCAUCUCUUCGCCAAAGCAAAGAGCCCAUCCUGGCUUCUCUCCACUUCAUCAAAGUAGAGGUGUUUCAGAAGAGGCCAAGAGGCAUUACUUUUGUGUUUGCAGUGAGAACCCUUUCACAAAUAGCUGCCUCCGUAUUAAGAGGAUCCUUAGCUUGGAACCUCCCAACAUUCUGUGACUAGCUGCAGCCCCCAUGGCAGCCAUUUUGCGGUUGGCCAUGCUUUCCUCAUGGCAAACAAUCUGUGGUCGCCGUACUGCCCUCAUCGCAGCCAUUUUGUGGUUGGCCAUACUCUCCUCAUGGCAGCCAUUUUGUGGUGGCUAUGCUCCCCUCAUGGCAUGACACUCACUACCAGUUUUCAAAAUUCGAUUAGGUGAUCACAAUUUCAAUGAGGUUGUGGACUCCUGAACUAAACCAUGAGUUCACAUGAGGUCUGUACCUCACUCUGUUUAUUCUGCCUCUUCAGUUGAGACGCUGGUGUGCUGGUUGCUGGAAAUCUGAAAGGGAGUGUUUUAUUUUGAAGUAGCAUCUGCUGAUGCAGGAAUGUACAGGUUUUCAGAUCACACAGAACUCUUCAGCUUGAUGAGAGCUGGCAAAGACAGUACUCAAGGAAGUGUUCUGUAUACUUUUAUAGUCCCUUGUAAAAACCAAAGAUGCGCAAAGCCCAAAUUUGCAGAUGCUGUCAGUGGAAAUAAAUUUUCACUACAAAGACUGGAGGCAGACUCCAGCUCAGGCAUAGCUAUGGUCAAACCACACGUGAUCAUGAUUGGCCCUCUGAAGCAAUUUUUUGUGUGUGGAAAUAACAGCCAUAUGAAUUUUUUUAUUUGGGUUGGGCCUGGGGAGGGAGGUAAAUCCUUCAUCCCACAUCAUUUUGACUGACCCAAAAUGGCCCUGCAGAGUUUCUGUUUACCCUGUUGAGGUAAAGAUUCUGCUGCUUGCUUGCAUC